UUGGGUGGGCGCGUCCGGCGCUAGGACCUAGGACACGUGAGCGUAUUAGUUUGCCGGAGGGGUGGAGACGGCGAACAAUGAAGAAACUGACUGGUAGGACCUGCAAAGGAGAAACAUCUGAGACACCCCCCCUCCCCUCCCCUCCCCUCCUCUCCCCUACACCCACUGUCCAACUCUAGAGCGAAGGACAGUACGGACUGACCGGCCGUCAGUGACAGCGGGGCCGCUGGGCUGAGUUCAGAGAGGAGCGCAGGAAGCACGCAAACGCGUCCGUGCGUGCAGAGCGGAGCUGUGCUGAGGUUCCUGCGUGGAUGCGAAUGAAUGGGUUCGCCUCUGAGUGUGUAUGUGUGUGUGGUGCUGAACUGGGUCAUGCGGACCGCUGGAGGAGCGAAAGAUAAACACGCACCCUCCUCAUCCUUCUCCUCGUCCUCAUCUUCCCGCUGCACGGCAGGUUCAGAUGGUGGGCGCACAGAAGAGGGAUCCCAGCAUGUGUCCCCAUCUCAGUACUGAGCAUCAGAUGCUGCUUUGAUUCCAUCCGCCUCCAAAGAAAGUCUCAAAGUGAAGAGCAUCUCCAGUAAACAGGGGGGCAAAGGCGUCUUAUUUUGGCCAGCAGGCUGCCCGCUGUGAAACUGCGAAGGCUUUAAGGUGUUUUUUUUUUUUUUGUUGUUUUUUUUAAAAGAACUCUGUGGCAUUUCUGAGUGAUCGAUAACAACGAGGAGAACCGGAUCAAACGGAUCGGCGCUGAGCAGAGCAGAGCAGAGCAGAGCGCAGAGGCUCUGCUCGCCGAGCGGAUGCAGGACCAUGGAGGAGAGAGACAGGUCGCCAGCAGUCUGCCCCACAGCGUCAAGGCGAGCCUGUCUCUUUCUCCGUCUGGGCCGGGGCGGGUGGGCAGCGGCGGAGGCUCCCCUACGUCAAAAAUGGGCUACUGCGGAGGGGUGCCCGUGGAGGACAUGCAGGCCCUGGCCAUCACCUCUCUAUCAGCCGCAGACGUAGCCAAACAGUACGAGCACAUCCGCGAGCUGGGGAAGGGCACCUAUGGAAAGGUGGACCUGGUGGUGCACAGGACGCAGGGCACCAAAAUGGCGCUGAAGUUUGUUACCAAGAACAAGACAAAGCUGAAAAGUUUCCUGCGGGAAUACAGCCUAACAGGCUCACUUAGCUGCAGUCCUUUUAUCAUCAAAGUCCUGGACGUGCUUUUUGAAACGGAGGACAGCUACGUGUUUGGACAAGAGUAUGCCCCCGCCGGGGACCUUUUCGACAUCAUACCCCCACAGGUGGGUCUUCCAGAAGAAAUGGUCAAACGCUGCAUGCAGCAGCUGGGGUUGGCCCUGGACUUUAUGCACAGUAAAAACCUGGUGCACCGCGACGUCAAACCCGAGAACGUGCUCCUGUUUGACCGCGAGUGCCGCCGCAUCAAGCUGGCUGACUUUGGCAUGACCCGACGCGUGGGCUGCCGUGUGAAACGGGUGAGCGGCACCAUCCCCUACACGGCUCCGGAGGUUUGCCGCGCUAACCGGUCAGAGGGUUUUUUGGUGACCACCAGCCUGGAUGUGUGGGCGUUUGGCGUGCUGGUGUUCUGUAUGCUGACGGGCAACUUCCCCUGGGAGGCAGCUAUGCCCGCCGACGCCUUCUACGAGGAGUUCCGACGCUGGCAGAAAGCGGGGUGUCCCGUGGGAACUUACCCGUCUCAGUGGCGCCGCUUCACCGACGAUGCUCUGCGCAUGUUUCAGAGGCUGCUCGCUGCUGAGCCGGAAAAACGCUGCGGCGUCAAGGACGUCUUCUGUUUUGUCAAGUACGAGCUGGUCAGCGAGCUCAGGCGCAGAGCGUCUUGCCGAGCCAAGAGAGGUGAGAGGUCAAGCUCUGGAGUGUGCACUGGCAGCUGCACCUCUUCUACGUCCACUUCUUCGCGUUCCUCCCACAGACACCCCGAGCCUUCCACGCCUCCGGGAACAUCCUGCCUGCGCCCGGCUCCCCUCAAACGGAGCGUCCUCUCCGACCCGUUGUCUCCCAGAGAGGAGUCCGGACAGCACCAGUCUCCGGGGAGAGACAAGAACAAAAGCCAGAUGGUGAUGGCGACGGCCAUAGAAAUCUGUGUGUGAUCACACUAACGCUAGCACUGGAGACUAGAGGGCUUUUCACAGUAAUAACAAGCUGUGAAGAGGUGUUAAUAACUAGCACAGAGAGCCCAGUGAAAAAGGAGAAUUUAGACAUGAAAGAGAAGCUCAGGAUCCAAUCCCAAGCAGUGGAAAUGGACAUCAUCAGUCAGUGAUGCACACUGGGACAGCUUAUCACUGACAUUCAAUACUAUUCAGCUUUUGAUUUGUGACCAAAGACUGCUUCCCAAGCUGAGAAGUCAUGCCGGGCAGUGUUUAAGAGUCUGUUGUCACUCCUCAAGGCAGCUCAUUAUUGCCACCCUAACAUUUGUGUUCUCCUGCCCAUACACCGUGGUGGUGCUUAUGAUAUUUUAUUUAGAUUAACUCCGUGUCUCUUUACUUUAGUGUUUAUUUAUGUCCAGGAGAUCCCCCAAAUUCUUCUGAACAGGCGACCUUUUCAGACGGAAGCUUGUUAUCAGAAAGCAAUCUACGCAAAUACAUUCAAAUGCCAUUUCUUGGACUUCCUGCAAACUUCCAGUGGAUAAAACUCAUAGAUGUUUUCAAGAUAAAGUUUUACAAAGAUAAAAAUGAAAAAAAAAAUGUAGCAGUCUGUAUGAAGCAUCUUUUCAUGUAGGUGUCUAGACUGAGAGGCAGACUCUCAGCGAAAAGGCAUCAGCUCAGGACACUUCAGUGGGUCACUUCCUGUUUUAUUAUUAAUGAGAAUCCUUUGAGUGGCUGGAAGACACAUCUGCCACAUCUUGAACUGCUCUCAGUGAGAUUCAUUUCCAAUUAAACGCAACUGAAUGCAGGGAUUGUGCAUUUUCUGAGUGAAAAUGGUGGCGAACACAGGAGGAGAGGAGGAGAAAAGGCUUUUUAUUGUUUCUUUUCUACCAGCCGUGUGCGUUUUUGGACGUGUAUGUGUGUUUCAGAUGAAAACAACAACAGGAAAAAAAGCACAAGAUUUUUUUGUAAAUGAACUCUUGGAGAAAAAGUCAAUAUUGUACAUAAUUUGAUAGGAGCGCACCGUAAUAUCAGGUAGUUCAAUGAUGUAGCUGUACUAAUUUUCUACAACAGGAAAGGGUUUUACGGUUACUGUCGGGGUCAAUGCAUCAUAUGUAGCAUCAAAACAUGACAGAGUGUAGUCUAUCAUUAAAAAAAAUAGAUGUGCUGUGUAGAAAUAUCACUUUCUAUAUCAUCGUAGCAGCUGCUGGUCCCCUUUUUUGUUUUUUUCUUUGACUGUUUUGGGUUUUAAUUUGACUGGGUCUUCACCCUGGCCAGACACACAAAUUAAUUUAUUCCUGCCGUGUCCUUUCACCCCAGCCUGAUCACGGGCAACACACAUUCCCUGCGUAAAAAAAAAAAUCAUUAUGCUUCCUGUUUGUCAAUUGCAGCAGCAUACUGUCUUAAUUUGAUCAGUUAAGUCUAACGAGGGCCCCUGUGCAGGUCGACACCUUGUAAUUGUUACUCGGUAUAUGUCGCCGCAGCCCCUCUGCUCACUUAAACAUUGUCUGGAAGGAUGACCUAAGUCUCAGCCAUUAACAAUGAGCGAGCUGUUGAUUGUUCCCGACCGGAGCAGAGCCCCGGCUUCAGCUUCCAUCGAGAUACUGCUUAUUAGGAAUGCAUCUAACAGGAGCAGUGUGUUCCACGCUUCACUGAGUGCUAAUUACCUUUUUUUUCUCUCUGCUUGAACUGCUUCACUCUUAUGUCAGUCAGGUGUGUGUGUCCACCUCGGCUUUGUGCGAAUGUGUUCUCGUCUCAUGUAACGACUCCUCCCGUGACAGCUCAUCACCUCUGUAUCUGUACUGUCGGCACCAGCGCUCCUCAGGUUUAAUAGCUUCUCCCCGCUUCUCGGAGACUAAUUGAGCUCCAGUGAACAAAAAAAAGAGAAAAAAAGUGCUCAUCCACAGCUCCUCAUGACAAUGAUUUAGCUCAGUGAGUCCCAACCUUGAGUUCAUGAACCCCGGCUACUUCUGCGGUAGUCACAGGGUACAUAGAAAGAUUAGGUGAAGAAGCUGAACAGGACUGAGAAGUAAAUGGCAACCAAACAGAAUGUAUAAAUUAUCACCAGAAUAUCAUUGAUAUAAUAGCUCAUCCGGCCCGUGACCCAUCACAAAUCAUGCAUUAAAUUAAUCUGCUGGUUGUGUUUCACACACCACGGAGAAUUUAAAUAAUCUGUAAAGCCAAGGAGGCUUACAAUGAAUCGUAUCCUGGACAAAAUCUGGACAGGAGGAGUUGCAUUUCCUAUUAUAUUGGAUAAGUGAAUGUUAAACAACAAUUAUGACUUUGAUCUUGAGCACAAUUUGGGUUAAAACACAUCAAUGUACAAGUUUAACUACAACCUGACCAAUACUUUAAGAGGAGUAGUAAUUUUGGUUAAUUAUGGAGGGCCUGGGGAAUUGCAUAAGCUCAGUGGUUCUUUGGCCAGAUAAGCUAAAAAUAGAAAAGUAAAUGAUUAAAAUAGAUUGCUAAAAUAGCUAAUGGAUGAAUUAUUAGUUAAGAGAACUAUUGGAUAACAAUUUAUCAGUUAGGUAAUGAAUACAGUAGCUAGCUAGAUUACAACAAAAAAAGUACCUUUUAAAAAAAAAUUACUAAAAACUGUGUACGAUGGAUGUGGCUAUCGCUACAUCACCUCCUGGUUUCUGAAGUCCUUUUUGAAGCCUCGAGUUGAGCUGUUGUCAUCUUGGUUGCAAAGUAACAGAUGCGACUUGUGAUUGCCAGGUCGCUAGCUAAUGAGUUUUCGGUUUCAAGCCACACUUAAUCUUCAUUUUGAAACAUAGUAUGAGGAAGAUUUACAAAACAGACUUAAUUUUUUGUUCAGCAUGACCCAAAGUAAAUGAUGGAGUCCAUAAACUCCCUAAACUAAACUAAAUGCAGGCUUUUAGAAGCUGCGCCAAUUUUUUAAACUGUCAAUGCUAAAAUUGUUACUAGCAGCUGUAUUGUUAGAUAACAGCACUGAGUAUCAAUUGGAUAGCAUGAUGAAAGUAUAAUUCACAGUUGAAUCUGUUAGCUAAAAGUAGCAACAAAAUUGUUACCUAAACAUAAUGGAUAAUUUGUGAAACUGGUAGAUAAUAGCAUUUAAAUCAUUUUGCUAAAAGUAGUAAACACGUAGCAGCUGAAUGUACUGAAACGUAGGAUUAAAGUACGACGAUAGUAGUAAUGGAUGGUCAAAAUAGCUAACUGACUAGCUGAGCAUAUAGCAAGCUAAAGUUGUCCAGUUUCAGUUAUUUCAGGUGAAUACCUUUAAAUAUAAAAGCAGACUGAUUUUGAAAGCUAUGGAUUUGAAGUGUUUUUCAGAGGCUAUUGGGUCACGUCAUAUGAAACAGGGUUGGGAACCACUGACUGAACUUAUUGUACUCAAUGACACAUUUUCCUCCAGCAAAAUAAUCAAAGCUGAUGAUGGUCCCUAUCAGUUUCCUUGUCUCUUUCCAUCUUUAUUUGUGGUUCUGCAGAGUUGACCAUAUCAAAGCCUCUCAGAAGGAUGUACUGUAUACUGAGAUGUUGGCUGCCUCAAAGAAUUAAUCAAAGGGUAAUCCUAGAGUAGAUGGUAGUGAAAUGUGAAUUAGCUCUGCCUUAGAACUCGCUGUUUACUCUAUGUAGGAUCUACAUAAAAGAAAAAGACAGGGAUUAGACUGACCUUCAGUGUGCAUUAGGAAAUGUAAAGUAGUAGUAUAACUUAUUACAGCAUAACACCGAGUAAGGUGUAUUGCAAAGUGCAACACGGCAUUACAGUGCGUAAACUGGGGCGAAUUUCAGAUGUGAGCAGCUGCUGCUUUGUUUUAAAUCAGAGCCAUUAGCAUCAUCAAACUGCUAUCUAUUGUUCUAAUGUGUACUGUUGUUUCUCAUGGACUGUUAUGACAGGAAUUGUCAAGUUUAAUGAUGAGGUGUCAAAAUCUAUCGAGUUUUCUUUUAGCUCUAGAGAGAGUAGCCUUCGUCUUAGCCUGUUUUUUGUUUUUUUGUUGAAAAAUCGUAGAAGCUCAUGUAAAUACUGUAUGUACUGUGUCUUUAACAAAAUUUAAAAAGGAAUAUACAAAAUGUUAAUAUAUGUUGAAAUAAAUUUA